AUGCGUUCUGAAAAAGACAGUGCACGAGGAAUUGGCAACAAUCCUUCACUUCCAUAUCUUCUUGGUCUCUGCUGUCUAGGUCUAAUUUUAUUCGCCAUUGCUUUAACAGUCGUUAUCGCACUUAUUCCAACUUAUUUGCCUGACAAAGGAGAUGGCAUCAGUAAAGUUAAUGCAACAAGUAUGGAAUCAUGGCUUCAUGCUCAAGCAGCUAAAACCACCAGUCGUAAACGACAAUCACUUGCAGUAGAUCCCUUAGAUCAAUAUGUCGGCUAUCAAUUUGGAGCAUCUGGCCGAGAACAAGUUCGUCAAGUCUUACGCCAAUGCUUAGUAUCUCCAUUGGCUAAGGAUGUAACUGUUACUAGCGUUACUCUUGCUUAUACAGCUGAUAGUAAGAGAAAACGUUCCGCUUUGGAAAGAAACACUCGUGCAUCUAACAUCCUUACGUAUAUCAUUGGAAUGAUGGUUCACCGAGCUAUAUCGCAUCGGCACUCCGAACUCUACGCAUCACAUUCGUUUCAGCCAUCCUUUCGUCAUUGA